AUGGCCCAUCGCAUCCCUGUUAUCCUGUGCGGCAGGACCGAGAAAAUAGGCACUGCCGUCAUUGCGGCCCUCAAGCCUGAGUUUGAAGUUCCCGAGACUGGCGUCGUGCAAAUCCCAGCUCUGUUGCGCGGUGACAAGAUAGGACCUUCCCAGAGCGAAUUAGGCACCAAGAACUAUGAGCGUGGCGUGAGUGCCAUUAUCCUGGGUGCGGGGUAUGACGAUCAAGCCAUCAAGCAGCUGCGCGAGGCGGCGGGCAGCGUCUCAUCAGUGCCCUGGCUACGGCCCGAUACCACCAAGCCCACGCCUCCUCUGGGCGCGGCGUACGGACAGGCCUUGGUCGAUCGCAUCAAAGAGACUGUGAAGCGCUUGCAGGGGAACGGGGGGAUGGAGAAGGAUGCCGAGGUUUGGUACUAG